UCCUGAUCAUUCCGUAAACAGAAACUCCGCAAGUUGUCUCAUAGAAAACACCGCUGGAUUUCCUUCUUGUGUCAAUGGCGGCAUUUGUAUUUUGGAGAUUGGGGAGUUUUGGUGCUCGGUGGCGUGAAAUGUUUAAUAAGCCUCUGGUUUAUGCCGGCCUCGUGGGAACCCGUCUCCAUAGCUCCUGCCCGGUUCGGAUCCGUAGGCUGGACCACCUGGUUCUGACAGUAAAGAGUGUUCCAGACACCCUUGCCUUCUACUCCAAAAUCCUGGGGAUGGAGAUUGUGACUUUUAAGGGUAACCGCAAAGCUUUGGGAUUCGGACAGCAGAAGUUCAACCUGCACCAGUCAGGCCAGGAGUUUGAGCCCAAAGCACGACACCCCACCCCAGGCUCUGCUGACCUUUGUCUUAUCACAGACACACCCCUGCUGAAAGUGUCUGAGCACCUCCAGGAAACCGGAGUUCCCGGAGGAAACCCACGCAGACACGGGGAGAACAUGCAAACAGAGAGGCCCCGGCCGACGGGGAUUCGAACCCAGGACCUCCUUGCUGCAUGUGGGGUGGCAGUGGAGGAGGGGCCCGUGGAGAGAACUGGAGCUGUCGGUUCCAUUACGUCCCUGUAUUUUCGUGAUCCAGAUGACAAUCUGAUUGAAGUCUCCAACUACCAUUAGCCCUUGGGCGAGGGUGUUUAGGACUCAUGUUUCAUGACCUGUACAAAUGUUCUGUAAUAUCUACUGAAGAUCUGGCAGCAGCAUGAUGCUUUGAGGCUUAAUUUACACCUUAGACCCUUGAUGACUUAAAGCCAUUUAGCCAGCAAAUAUAUUCCAUACUGUAUCAGGAUAAUUUACAGCUGAAUCUAGUCUCACACCCCAAAAUCCAUUCAAAUGCGUUUUAGUAUUGUUUGAAUACUAAAGGACAACUAAGGACAACCUGAAAAUAAGAUGUCCAGACUUACAAUCACAGGGGCACAGACAUCAGGAAGUCACGGCAUGCAAAGAAUAUGCAAUGAAAUACAAAUCAUGACUCUUUUAUGUAAUUACUACAUGGUGAAACCAAAAUGUAUGAAAAUACCAUUUAAUAAAAACUGAGUCUGCGCUA